AGGCAGGUUAAUUCCCGUUCCAAUGGUCAUUAAAGAGGACUAUUUGUGCCUUGGAAGAAUGUCAAUGGAGGUAAUUUAACAUGCAUGAAUAAUAUUAUUAACGACUGCAUGCUCGAUCAAAAAGUACUGUAAUUGAUAGCCUGCAAGGCAGGCGGUACGUAGGAAAUACCGCCUGCCGCAAAACUGGGUGUAAAUGAACUACCGCCCCUGAAGCAUCAACGCUAAUUAUAGAUGCAUUAAUUAAGUAAAUAUUCAAAAUUAGCCACUCCCAAGCUGCUCCCAAGUCCCAACUGCCAAACAUAAAAUAAAUUCCUUGAUUCUCAUCACCGCCCGACUGAAUUUUAAAAUCCUCGUGAAAACGUUUUAUUUUUCGUUAUACAAUAUAAAUGUACCGCCCGACAAAAUAAUUCAAGACAGUUAAUUUUUUCAUAUUUUAUAUAGAGUUUUUAUUGCCAUUUUAAACUUCCAAUUUGAAACAAACAGAAUUUUGAGUGAAAUUUCAUUGUAUUUUAAAGAAACUCUGUCAUUCUGUCAUUGUUUGUGGAGAUACGAACUAUUGAUAUAUAGAUUAUAUAAAUAUAAAAUAUAAAAAAUAAAUCUCCCACUGUCUUCGACAUUUCAAAGUGUAGACUGUGUCUAGUGAUGAGAAUCAAGGAAUUUAUUUUAUGUGUUAAUAUAAACCAAGCCCGUUUAGCUGCCUUAAAACGGUGGUUUAAUAAACUCAAAAUACAAAGCAUGCAAGUCUAUACUAUAGAUUCAUCAUCAGUCAACAACCAAACUGAAAGUAUUGAACCUUAUAGAACGAUAGUUUUUAUUUGUUUAAAACUAUACAUAUUCAACGGGUAUAUAAGAGUUUAACUGUUAUUUGAUAAUUACUGCAUCAACCGGCCCCUUGUUUAUACUUUGGAGGUUCGUAUAUAAUAUCUAUCAAGUAUCUUUGGUUCAGAACAUGACUGAUAGGCCUAUAUGGAAAUCCCACUGUUCGAUUCGGUGAAGAAAUAUCCCCUAAUUUCUAUCGAUAGUUUUGGUAAAAUGUCAACAUUAUUGCGAUUUAUGGCCUUUGAAAGUCAAGCGAGAUAGUAUAUUAUCAAAUUAAUACGCAUGUAAUUGUCUGAACGAAAAUAUAGACUAGCCCAUACUUUCGCCGAUCAUAACUUCGGCCCCUUCGGACGUAUCUUCUUUGUUAAAUAUUCUUGUUCGAAUCUCUAUCAAUAACACUAUUUAGAGUGUUAUUUUUCAGCUUGUAUCUUUUAAUUUGCUUCUUUUAUUAUGUUAUUCCAUUUCUGGUCUGACUUGACGUGAACUAAUUUCAAACGCAGAGUUUCAAAACGUCAAAACAUUUGGUUAAUGAUUAACAUUUAACCGAAUUUAGCCGUUGAUUGACAACUACAUAAAAAUACUAACCAACCCGUUUUUCCCGUUCACCAGCGGACGGGUAAUUCAAAAACCCCUAGUUUUGCGGCAGACGGUAUUUCCUUUGCUUCCCUAAUUUUCGCUGCCCGUAGAAAUACCGCCUGCCAUGCAGGCUAUGUAAUUGAUAAAAAGAGGUUUUUUACAACCACUUCCUCAUAGUUUACAGAUAGAGAAGAGGAGGCAGCCUCAAAGUGUGAUAAUUCAAAACAUGCCUGUACAGAAACAUCAGAGUAACAUCGGAGUAACAUCACAAACAUCAUAUUAUUAGUUACACAUCACAAACAUCAUAUUAUUAGUUACUCAGUUAUAUAGUUACUCAGAGUAACAUGACAAACAUCGUAUUAUUCACAUGAGUACACAACACCAACACAGAAAAAAUCAUAUUACUAGAUUACAUUGGUAUCGAAGGAACUAGAUUCUGUUCCGAAAUAUACUUACUCGAACCGUCCUGACCGCGUAGCUCAGUUGGCAGAGCAUUGGGCUAGUAUUCCAAAGGUCGUAGGUUCGAAUCCCACCGUGGCCGGGCAUAUUUUUCAAGCUCGCCCGGUGUGGAUAUACACUCAGAGUAACAUCACAAACAUCAUUAUUCACCUGAGUACACAACACCAACACAGAAAAAAUCAUAUUACUAGAUUACAUUGGUAUCGAAGGAACUAGAUUCUGUUCCGAAAUAUCACUUACUCGAACCGUCCUGACCGCGUAGCUCAGUUGGCAGAUCAUUGGGCUAGUAUUCCAAAGGUCGUAGGUUCGAUUCCCACCGUGGCCGGGCAUAUUUUUCAAGCUCGCCCGGUGUGGAUAUACACUCAGAGUAACAUCACAAACAUCAUAUUAUUCACCCGAGUACACAACACCAACACAGAAAAAAUCAUAUUAUUUGAUCUGAAUUGUUCAGUUUGGUCACGAAAAAUUUAUCUUGCCCAGCACACCUAGGAAGCUUUUCUACAGGCAUGAUUCAAAAUUUUUAGUCCUACCUGACUGGUAUUUCAAUGGUUAUUGCCGCGUAGAUGCGCUAGUACAAAUUUUAAAGACUGCAUGUGUACCUGCAUGAUCUUUAAAAUGAAGUACAUCAAGAUAGGUUUCUGAAAGGUAUUCAUUGAGUAGUUACCUGAAACUACGAGUUAGAACAAGAACGAGAACACAAACGACUCCAAGAUUCCUUUAGUCCUAUCAGUUCAAUCACAUUUCAUGCUAAAACAUGUCACCAUAUCUACAUGUACACAAUUACGGUUUUGAAUAUCUUGGAAAGGUGAUACAGUACCAGCAAAAUGUACUGUAAGAUAGUGAGAGUACCGCGUACCUAUGUGGUACGUGGCUGACAAAAACAAGUACCAGACCAUAAUAUUGGCGUACUUCCGGUGUGUAAGUACGCGAUUUAUUGUACCCGACCUAACGGCACUUUUGAGUCCACACACAGGCGUUUCCAGCCCAAAUGCAUGCAUUAGUGUGUUGAUGAUAAACGCUUUUUAAAUCGUGUUAGCUCGAUCAUGCAAACGAAGCAUCAAACAAAAGGCGAACUUUGGAAGUAGAAAAAGAAGAAACAGAUGAACUAAAACAUAAAUACCAGGUACGUAACAUUUUUAUAUAAAUUCUAUGUCCCUUACAGUAUAUUUAACCAAAUACUGGGUAAGACGAAAAGUUAAUAAUUAUGUUUUUUAUUGAACUACCACUCAAAAUCAUUUCAUCAUUAGGCAUUAUUUUAUAGGUUGUAUAAUUAUACAUUUAUUUUUACUGUUUUGGCGAUCGAAAAAGCAUUUCAAAAGCAAGCCUGAAAAUAAAUUUCCAACGGUGCCUGACAAAGUGUCAGGUACCAACUGAUUGGUGCCUGACACUGCACAUUUUGUCCCUCACAAAAAAUGUUAACGCAAUAGAGCAAAUAUAGUUUUUCGUGGUCCUUGAAAUAAAAAAGCCAAUGAAAAGCUUAGUAACAACAAUUAAGCGACUAAGGCACUAGUCAAUUUUGUCAUACGGAAUCGAACAUCAUAAAUUGUCUUAAUAUUCAUACGCGAUGAAAUUUGGACAUACACAUAAUUUUAAAUGGGGAAUGUAAAUAUUUUGAAAUAUUCAAUAAUGAAUUUUUUAAUGCCAGUUGUACAGACAGUUAUACCAAUAGUUGUAUUAAUAUGCUGCCUGACAAACUGUCCGGCCGAAAAACAGUUGUGCCGGACAACGUUUUCGUACUGGACAAUGUCCGUGACCGGCCUCUUAUUUUCAGGCUUGUUCAAAAGUUAAAUAUUAGUGGCUGGAAAACCCCCACAAUUUCUAGGCGAAUUUCUACAUAUGGAUAUGAUCAAAUGCGCUUUACAUCAAAAUACUUUAGCCUAAAUAAGGCUAAACUAUUUUACCUUUACAACUAUUGUGAUCUUGAUUCUUAUAACUAUGUUUAUCCUAACCCACCCUGUCAGCUUUUCCUGUGGGAGGAAACCGCAGCACCCGUAGGAAACCGACAAUUUUCGGCAGAGCGUUGACAGGCAAUGAAGCAGCAGCAAAGUACCCUAGUUGCAUGUACUGUAAUUAUAGCCUGCACAGUACCAUAGCUGCGCUGUAUGUAAUUUGUAAUUGCUGGAAGAACCGAUCGGAUGUAGUCGUCAAAGCCAAAUUUUCUCUACAAUUCCCUAUCGUGAAAUGUAUUAUCUUUAGACUACACAGGACAAGGAAAAAGCAAUCGAAGAAAGUCUGAAAAAUCUGAAGGAAAGCUUUUACUGUGAACUUUGCGACAAGCAGUAUUUCAAGUACAAAGAGUACGAUAACCAUAUCAAUUCAUACGAUCAUGCCCAUAGACAAGUAGGUUUACUGAUACAUUUUCCUUAUUUAUAAGUUAGAAAAAUAUCACAAAAAUGUACUGAGUAUAUUCAAGUGCUUUAUUCGAAUCAUUUGGUAUAAUAAAUAGAGAAUAAUACAUGGGUACACGGAAAUACCAUAUUUAUUUCGAGUGUUGAACAUGAGAAAUAAAUCUGGUAUUUCCAAGCACCCAUGUAUUUUUCUGUUUAUUAUAUAAAGGAAAAGCGAUAAUUUUUCCUUGAAAAGCGAUAAUUUUUACAGAAAAGUGAUAAUUGAAAAGCGAUAAUUUUCACAUGUGAGAUUAUCAGUUUUAUCAGUGCUCGAAAUCUCUAUAAAGCACUAUACUUUAUAUAAUAAUUCUCGAUAAUUAUAGAUAAGCCGUAACAAACGUAUCAUGUUGUACAGUACCAGUUUCCAAACCGACCCUCUUCUUUUCUUCUGGCUCUAAUGUGUUUUUUCAUGUGGUUGCGAUUGUUUGUUUACCUGUUGAUUCCAUUUUUUUCGUCGCCCUUUGAAUGGUAUUAGUUAUUGGGUGUUUUUUCCAGUGUUUGGGUUAUGUCUUCAUUCUCUCACUUCUAAUGUUGGGUCCUAGUAUUCUCAUCAACUUGGGAAUGGCUAAUUUACUGGUAUCCUCACACAGUUUAUUUUUUAUUGAAGAGACUAAAAGACUUGAAGGAAAGAGAGUUUGCGAGAAACACACGUGAGUAUAUUUCCGCCUUCACUGAAUUGUAUUGGCUAUCCUCAUCCAAUGAUCAGAAAGAUGUGACUGGGUUGAGAGUGUCUAUCAUUAUUUACGUCGGUAAAAUCUCAAUCAUAUUCUCCAUGAGAAACAAAUGACAUGCUUCCACAAGAUAUACCUUCUAUUUUGCCGCACACGCAAACGACAUGUAAGAAAGAUUUAUUUAUACGUUCACACGAAAUCGGACAAACUCGGAACCAUACGAAAAUUCGUCUGGUUCCAUUUGUUGACACAUGGAUUUGUACAAUUAUUAGCUGUGCUCGAAUUCGACCGGUUUCAUUAAUUCACAUGGUGUCGUGCGAAAUUCUGCAGCUUUUGAGUACGCAGGCCUGCAAAUAAUUAUUUUACUUGGAAGGACAAAUGUCUUGCCAAGCCAAAAAUUGGUCGGACAUUUAUCAAUUUUUCUCGGACAAUGGACAAAGUAAAAUUUUUCAUAUUUUUUUUUAAUUAGCACGAUGUUUUUUUGCCUGGUUAUGUUAGUCCGCAGUGCAAUGCAUGUAAAACUCAGUAUAUAUCUACCAGUCUUAAUGCAUCAGUAAAUUAUAUAGUUCAGGUUAUACAUAAAUUUAAUUUGUACCAUGUUAUAUACGUAUAGGUGAUGUAGAUUUAUAAUUAAAUCUUUCGGCUUAGUGCAACAAGAAAUAGUGGGGAAGUGCUGUUUAUAUUACUUUCUUGUUGGUUUCAUUAAUAAAAAGGUGUUAAAUAAACAAUUUUUUGAGAUUGGAGAUUUGACAGUCGGUCGGUCACAUGUCCGGUCAUAAAAAGCUUUGAUCGGCACUAAUUUGCAGGCCUAGUACGGUCCCGAAAUCAUCAGCUCCGCUGUACAAGCGGCAAACAAGCGAACGUCGAUAAAGUAUGCAAUCGAGAGCAAGUACUGUACAGUAUGUAACGGCACCAAUCAGCACACAGGAAAAGCCACAUGUGAUCAUAUGUUUUCUGUCUAGUCAUUUUUUUUAAUGCAUGCAGCCGUAGAAAACUGGGUAAUGCAUGCAACAAAAGUUUGUGUGAUUAUUAAUACAGUGGCAUUCUCAAUUAAAAUUGUACGAAGUGUCUUUGUAAGAAGUUUUUAAAAAACAUACUUUGAACAUGCACUGUAAAAACGUCUCUAAUAACCACGACAAGCAGACAACUUCAGAAAAUACAAAAUAAAACAAUUUCCGAAAAUAGACAUCUUGUGCACAUCAUCUGUCUUUACACUCUUGAUUUUAUCUUGAAUAUCAAGAAGACAAGAAUACAAGAUGUCUAUUUUCGGAAUUUGUUUUAUUUUAAAAUGUCUCUAGUUUCCAAAAAUCACUCCUGGAACCCAGUGUAUGGUGAGAAGACUCUAUUGGUUUUAUGGUGAGAACCAGACUCUGCUGGUUUUAUUUUACUCGUUCUAGUAUAAUUGUAUUGUUUUGUAUUAGUUUUGUUUUCUUUGUUAUAGACUCUCGAAGAAGGAAAGAACGGCAAACUGAUAGUGAAGCGCGGAAACUUGCAGCAAUCGCACGAAGGUAGAUGUGAAACAUUUGUAUGUAAAUAUUGGGUGUUCUAAGUAGUGCAAUGUCUGGAUUAGUCGAACAUAAAAGCAAUAUACCGUACGUACAGUACCAAACCAACGUUUAUUGCACUUUAUAAGAACAGUAGAACACCUUGAUUCAUUGUAAGCAGAAUGGGGUGAAAUUCUAAGUUAACAUGCAUGUUCUUGGCUUCACCUACAGGUAGGAUACUGUAGUCUGGUUAAUUCAAACCAUUAUUCAACCAGAACCCUAAUUUCUGUCUUUAUUAUUGAAACAUUUUAGUUCUGAUAGAACGGAACAGAAGUCUUCACCAGCAGCAUUUAAAUCCACGUUUGCUUCGUCACGUGCUCCACCACCUGCUCCCAGAGAAUGUACCACACCCAAGCCGACUUCUUCCCACCGCCCCCCGCUUCCAACUUCAGCCCCUCCGCCUUUACCUUGUGAACCUCCUCCUUUACCAUCUGCACCUCCACCACCUCGUAGUACAUCAAAAUCCUUCACACUCUCCGCGAAAUCAAAGUUUGGUUCCCAAUAUAACGGCAAAUCAUCAACAGGAUUUAAAAUCUCGGGAUAUCAGAAGGGGCCUGUCAAGUUUAAUUUCGGUCUAGGAAAGAACGCCACGUCGUCGGUGCGUUUUGUAAAACCUCGAGUCCCUUUAAAAAACUCAAAUGUAUUUGGAGACGAUGAAUCCGAAAGUGAACAUGAAAGUGGCAAUUCAUCUGCUGAUGAAAUGGAAAGUGAACCUGAAGUAAUAACAAGCACUAAAGAUGAACAACAAACAUGUUUGACAAAAGCAAUAGACUACUUUGAUACGUUAAUUAACAGUGAAAAGAAGAGGAAGAUUAUUCGCUUCGUCCGUGGCAGUGAUAGCAGUGGUAUAUUACCUGGAACAAUUAACGACAAGAAAUCAGACGCGCUGCCUUUAUCAAGAAUUAUAUCAAGGCGAUAGUUCGAAUUGUAAUUUUGUAUGAAAUAUGUAAUUUUUUACCGAGUUUUUAGACUGCUGCAAUACCAUUUGAGUUAUCAAGCCAUCGGAGAUUGGAAUAUGAGAAGCGAUUGGUAAAUUAUGUAUGAUGUUUUGUGCAUUUAGGCUCCAGUUACACGAUACCGGAUUCGCAUCGGAGCUUCAUCAAAUUUGUAAGUUUCAAGGAGAGUUUAGCACUCAAAAUUAUGAUAUGACAGAAUUAGUCAAAUAUGAAAAGUUGUAAGAGGCCGAAAAGCGUCUUAGUUGAUGUCGCUUGACUCACUCUGAUGCAAUCCGGUAUCGUGUAACUGGGGCCUUAACAAUGUGGAAAAAUCGCUUCCAGCUCUUGUUGCCUCGAUAGCUCAAUUGAUGGAGCGGUGGUCUGGCAGCCUAAUGACGCAACACAUUUGUCGUAGUUCUCUGCAUUGUAAUUUGUAAAUACGUCUUUUCAAUACACCAUUUAAAAAUUUUAUGACAGUACUCAAUAAAGAGCGCACAAGGAACUCCGUUCCCUGCUUGCCAGUACGCAUGAAUUUCUUAUACUUCACAUUUUAUGAUUCUCUCGCACGCGAUGACGUCAUAUAACUACAGCUAACAAAAUUAAAUCAGUGAUAUAUGGUGUUUCAAGUUAAAAAGGGCAGUAUGAUCAAAAUUUUUAUUCUCUUAAACCAAAGCUUAAACGAAAAUGCUCGUAAAACUGUAUAAUUACUUGUUUUGAAGAUU